CGCUUCUCCUCCUGGGGUUGUUCUGUCUCGAGGGCCCGCUCCGCGCUCCCGGCACUGCGCCAGCUCCGCCCGUAGUCCUUGAGCCACUGGUCCCGGCCAACGGAGUCACGCCCGUUCCCGGUUGCCAGGCAACAUGGAGCGCGGCGGCGGGGAUCGCCCCACCCGCAGCUCUAGACCUCGCCCCCUUCGGCUCCGCUUCCGGGGAGGCCUAGGCCGGUAGCGGAAGUGGACCUGGCUGAGCGGGGGCGGCGGGGGCGGGCCGUGCGCGCUGUUCUUCCUGAGCGGCGGAGGGGACCGGGCGGCAGACGCUGGGUGCGGGGCAGGCGCGAGCGCCUCCCAGCCGGUGGGACGUAACACCGCAGGCAACAGGGUCACAGCUUACACUCCCCAAGCUGUCCCCGGGACACCCCAAGUAAAGGUAACAACAGGGCACCGGCGGGCCGUGGCUCUCUGGGCCCAGGAUUGCCUUCAGGAGCAGCUCAGCGUCGGGUCUCGGGGGAGGCCGGGGGCGCAGCGAAUCUCCGGUCCCCUCGGCUGGCAGCUGACAGCAGAGGCCGCGCCAGGGAGCGUGGGGACCAGGCGGCAGGGCCGCCAUGUCCAACCCCUUCCUAAAGCAAGUUUUCAACAAGGACAAGACCUUCCGCCCCAAGCGCAAGUUCGAGCCGGGCACCCAGCGGUUCGAGCUGCACAAGAAAGCACAGGCGUCGCUGAACGCGGGGCUGGACCUGAAGCUGGCCGUGCAGCUGCCCCCCGGUGAGGACCUCAGCGACUGGGUGGCCGUGCACGUGGUGGACUUCUUCAACCGCGUCAACCUCAUCUACGGCACCAUCGGCGACGAGUGCACGGAGCAGUCCUGCCCCGUCAUGUCCGGCGGCCCCAAGUACGAGUACCGCUGGCAGGACGAGCAGCACUUCCGCAAGCCCACGGCGCUGUCGGCCCCGCGCUACAUGGACCUGCUCAUGGACUGGAUCGAGGCGCAGAUCAACAACGAGGAGCUCUUCCCCACCCGCGUCGACCAGGGGCUGCACGCUGUUCCUCGGAGGGACCGGCUCCUAAAGCUCUCCGGCGUCGCUCGCCCCACGGGGUGUGUCUUGAGAACUCACAUCUACAUCGGAGACAGAGGGCCACCGUCAGCAGUUUGUAAGCAAUCAGGUGGCCUUAGUCCCCAUGUAACCUUGUUUAUGAAAGCAGCCGGGGCCAGGUUUGCAGCCCAUGGGAGAGGAGCCCCGGGAGCGUGGGCUGCGAAGUUCUGGAAGAUUCCGUUUCGGGCCCAUGCAGACCAGCCUACUUUAAAGUGCCCGCCCGGGAAUGCCCUUGUGGCUCCCAGUCCAGGAGAGAGGCGCAGCGGCGGCCAGGGCGGCUCGCACCCAGCCCCUGUGGGUUCGGUGCCCAGCAUUCCAGGCCUUUCUCUCCGGGCCUUUCUCUUCCUGCUGUGGGCCCGGUGUUCCUUCUGAGCUCAUAUCCUCGUUCCACCUGAUGGGCCCCCAGCGCAUGGGGGUUGCCAGCCCUUGAAGGGACCACCGCACCACGUGGCUUCCAGGGGCCCAGGGACCACCGUUGGGGUUCAUCUCCAGAGUCGAGCGUCGGGGAACGUGCAUAGGCCUCAGUGACGCUGAGCAAACCCUCCAGAGAGUCAGCGCCCAAGAGCAGGCCCUGCUCCCCGCGCUCAGACAGUGGUGACGACCACAGACCGGUACCGUUGUCCCUGCCCCAGAGGCCCGCGUACAGAGGAGGGAGCAGGGUGGCACUGGGAGGCGCAGGCUCAGCCUGAGCCCGAGCCCCACGGGCCGCUCGUAGAGAGCCGUUUCCCUCCCGCUUGCCUCCAGCCGCAGGCUCUGAGCAUCCCCAGGUAGGGGCCAGCCCCGUGGGCUCCGCCGUGUGGGGGACCGGCCAGCCACUGUCCCCGCAGAGACCGCCCUGAGAGCCCUCCUCUGCACCUGCGUCCCACACGCUGGCGUGUCCAGCUGGGAAACGCUUGCCCAGCCCACUGCGGCGUCCCCGGGCGCCCUCUCCCUGGGCCGCUAGCCUCUCACGUCAAGGACAGGGGCCGCCCGCUCUUUCUGGUCCGGGCACCCGCCUGCUGGUGCUGGCUGCACUCCGUCCGUGCUGCGGGCCGGACAGACGUGAAUAGAUGGGGGUGGAAAGGAGCACGAGGGGGCGCCUGCUGCUUCACACCGCGUCCCGGAGGGUGGCGUGGGGGCUCCCCGAAAGGGCUCUCACCACAAUUAAGAAAAACGAAGAGGGCACCCAGGGAGGCCUCCAUCAUUGCGUGUCCGCCUCUUGAUCUCAGCUCAGGUCAUGAUCUCAGGGUUCAUGAGUUGGAGCCCCACAUCGGGCUCUGUGCUGACUGUGU